AUGGCCAACCUUUUCCAAGCAAGUAGACUAGAUCAGUUCUUCACUUUCGUUAGUCCGGUGGAAUUUGCCAUCGUUUGGGGAUUCUCACCUGCUUCUCCAUCAAUUGCAGUGCCUAUGUUCCAGCCCCCUCUUUAUCAUAGGUUCUUAAUGGCUAGGAAGGAGUAUCGCUCCCUUGAAUACUGGAAGUCAGAUAAUGAUAUUGUUUAUAUUUUGGAAUGUUUUGACAAAGAGAAAAAGGCUUUCGUUUUUGGGGAAAGAAUUGAAUGGAUAACAAGAAAUGAUAUGUCUUUACUUUUUGGGUUGCCCUGUGUAGGGGAAGAAAUCCAUUUUCAGAACUAUAAGAGAAUAGUAGGUAGUGGUUUCACAGAAAGACGGCUUGCUGAUUACAAGGAUUUGAGCCAAAGGGUUUUGGAGGAACAAAUAUUAAGAGUGUGGAAACAACUUGAUGAAAAAAUAGAUUGCAUAUGUGGACAAUUUGGAAAUGAUGCAACACAGUACCUAGAGAACUCUCUUUUGAAUAUGAACUCUGUGGAAAGUGCAUGUGGUUGCUUAGUUGGCUUGCUGUUUUGGGUCUGUGAACAUAAGAAGUUAAUUCAGCCCAUAGAAGGAAGAGAACACAUUUCCCCUAAAUUCGUGAAAUGGAAUUUGUUGUCGCUAUGCAAGAUUGAAAUGUGUUCCAUUCAUACAUUGCAGGAGAUUAAGGCAAAAGAUGAAACCAGUGCCCGAGCAGAAGUUGCUACCUACUCAAUUGAUGGAAUGCAGUCAGGAAGAACCUUCAAACAGUUGAAGAAGGAAAUUGCAAAGCUUCAGAAAGGAAAGGGAAAAUAUGAGUCACCACAACCACGCAGUAUGAUUGUGAGGAUGAGGGCCAGAACAAGACAACCUCUGGUUCGGCCGGAGUAUGCAUAUCCAGACAAAUUAGGGAAAACACAUUGCAAAAAAAUGAAAGUUGAUCAAGGGUAUACCUGCAAAGCCAAGCCAAUAGGUGUGAGAAGAUUGAGAGUUGGCAAGUGUCUAUCGCUCCAUGAAGCUGACAUAUUUAAGAAAUAUUUAGAUGCCAACAACCCUAUGGAUGCCUUUUGGCAUCGCGUGCGUUCUGCGGUGUAUCGCAAAGUGCACUACAACUUUUGUAUGAGGAAGCAGUGA